AUGUCCACUCGGUCUGACAACGCCAUCGUCAUCAUCGGCUCAGGGCCCGGAAUUGGCACAAACACAGCUGCCGUCUUUGCCGCCAACAAGUUCAACAAGGUCGCCCUCGUCGCCCGGAAUCCCGUCCAGCUCGACAAGGACGCAGAAAGCGUCAAAGCAGCUGUCGACGGCAACAUCACCGUAAAGACAUACUCGACCGACGUAAUCGACCCAGCCCAGUUCACCGGUACCCUCAAGCAAAUCAGCCAAGACCUCGGCACCGUCGAAGUCAUCCUCUACAACGCCGCCAUCGUAUCACAAUCACGCCACCUCCAAGUCACAGACGACGAACUCAUCCGCGACUUCAAGAUCUCCACCAUUGCGCUCAACAAUGUUUCCAAGUGGGCCAUGCCGCAGUUCGUCGUCCUGGCAGAGAAGGAUGCAUCAGCGCAGCCUACGCUGAUUGUGACGAGCUCACAUUUACCAGAAGCGCCUGAGACGGAUAUCGUUUCGCUGUCCGUGUCCAAGGCUGCGCAGAAGAACUUUACGAGGUCGCUGAGGAUGGAGUUUGAGCCCAAGGGGGUGCAUGUUGCGCUAUUGACUGUAGCUGGGUAUGUGUUUGAUCAUAACCAGUUUUUGAAUGCAAAAUAUAUUGCGAUGCAGGCGUGGGAGCUUUACGCGCAGCCGAAGGGGGGCUGGACUGAGGAUGUUCGGAUUGAAGAGCCAUGGUCAGUGGGUAGGGGAGAGUGA